AUGGUCUCCCGGCGUGGCGACGCCGUUUAUACUUCGCGACGAUGUGAGCUGCGCCACCUGGUUGCGCGGGCUGAGUGCAUGAUAACACGCAGGCAAAUCGAUGUGUCUGUUGAUAGAGGUGGUUUCCGACACCCACGCCUACAACAGUUCUCGACCCGUCUUGUUGCCGGCUCGCGUGUUGGCGAAACCGAACUCAUGGCCUUCCUCCAGCGUGUGAGUGGCGACUUGAGAUAGUGGUCGCCUCUCCGAACGGCCCGUUUGUGCUCAAGUAUUGGUGAGCUGAUACGUCGUCCUGUCUGGCCUGUGUAGUGGCAAGGACAGUAAUGGCACGGGAUUUCGUAGACUACGUCCAACUGUUCACCUGCGUUCAGCCGAUCCUUCAUUUCCAUGAUCCUGCUACGCAUGGAAGCCGCCGGAUGAUGAGAGAUGCCCACGCCUAACUCUGACGCAACGCGUUCUGUGGCCUCGGACACAUUCUUUAUGUACGGUAAGAAGUGCCAAACCGUUGGUGUCUUUCUUUCAUUUGUCCGUCAUGGGUGCGUGCGAAUGCAGCGGCUGAUGAAACUAUUUGCGUAACCGUUCUUUGUUAAUUGGUCCCUGAGAUGCCGUAGUUCUUGCAUCCUUCCUUCGGGCUUGUUACAGUGCGUGUUUACCCGGUCGAAAAGCGCCCUCACACAGCCCCGUUUUUGUACCAAUAGGUGGUUCCUGUGAUAGUUGAGGACUUCGAUUGUAUUGGCCGCCUUUCUGUACACUGUAGUGCAGAGUUUGCCACCGGGUGUGCGUGUGACGGUAACGUCGGGGAAGAUGCUGUUAAGCAGGUCUUGAAAACCCGAUAGCCUGUCCUUUUGACUAAUGACGAAUGUAUCGUCCACGUACCGGCGCCAAAAUGCAGGUUUGUAGUGCCUGAAAACAAUCUUUUGCAGCUCUUGUAGGACCAAUUCCGCAACUACAGUGCGUGACCUAUCUCAUGAAAUGUUGGCUGAAAUUCUGAAAUGCGUUUUCGAUUCGGAAGGAUUACUUGGUCGCGGUUGUGAUACUGAUUAUCUAAAGGCAUACUCUUAUAACAUUUUAGACUCGGCAGGAUGUCGGCUUUUAAAUGCACCUCUUUUCAAUCUCCUGUAGAAAGCGUGCUUGGUAAAAAAUGACUACUUAAGUAGCAUGCAUUUUUCCCAUUGAUUUUCGAUGGUUUUGGAAAUUCAAAUAUAUUUUAUAGAAACGACAAACAAAAGUAUGCUUUCUUUUAGUCACUCAAUAGAGAAUCACGUCUUCUUUAUAUUUUAUACUUAAGGAAGGAGUAUAAUUAGGUUUAAAAAAAAUUUCUUAUUAUGAGACUUUUUAAGACCGCGAUAUGUCCAUUCACAUAGCAUCGUACCUGGCCGUUUGCCACUGCUCCUCAUGAAAUGUACAACAUGGUCCGCAUCCAUUGCAAAAUUUUAUGGACUCUGUAUGAUAUCUCUUUAAUGACAUAGAAAAAUAUGGGAUUUUCUUUACGCGGAACGCAUGCACCUUGUAGAGUGUAAUCACUAAGCGCUAAUGCAACGAAUGAUCAGGCUCCAAAUUUUUCGGCAAUCAGAAAACGUUUUUAAAACCUAAUUAUACUCCUUCCUUAAGUAUAAAAUAUAAAGAAGACGUGAUUCUCUAUUGAGUGACUAAAAGAAAGCAUACUUUUGUUUGUCGUUUCUAUAAAAUAUAUUUGAAUUUCCAAAACCAUCGAAAAUCAAUGGGAAAAAUGCAUGCUACUUAAGUAGUCAUUUUUUACCAAGCACGCUUUCUACAGGAGAUUGAAAAGAGGUGCAUUUAAAAGCCGACAUCCUGCCGAGUCUAAAAUGUUAUAAGAGUAUGCCUUUAGAUAAUCAGUAUCACAACCGCGACCAAGUAAUCCUUCCGAAUCGAAAACGCAUUUCAGAAUUUCAGCCAACAUUUCAUGAGAUAGGUCACGCACUGUAGUUGCGGAAUAUUGGGGAACCCAUGGGUGUUCCUUUGAUUUGUUCGUAUGUUCUGCCAUCGAAGGUGAAAAAGGUUCGUUGGCAGAAUGCAAAGAGCUGCAUUAGGUGCUGGAUCUUUAGGGGUCCUGUCGUUUCGUCGUACAUUUCUUAGAGGUGUUUGCGUAGCACUCGCACGCCAAGUCUGGUGGAAUGGACGUGAAGCGUGAGACAACGCCGAAGGAUACCAUUUGGUCGGGUCGAAUAUUUUUUCCGCGAAUGUCGGCAAGGAAUUGGGAAGCCGAAGUGACUGACGUCACACAGCCCUCUCGGUGAAAAUUGAGUUUUCGGGACAUCCAUUUGACUAGAUUGUAUGCGAGGCUGCCUUUCAGGGCAACGACUGGCCACAGAGGAAAGGGUUUACUCCAAGUUAGCAACUUAUUACCGCGGGAAUUAAAAAUCUGCUAUUUCUAAACUGGAGCGUCAACUAGAAAGUACACAGGGAAUGGUGGAGGACCCCACUGAUGAACCGAACCCCUUUGCGGCUGUGCCAUUUAGCGGCAGAAUAUCGGUCGAACACGUGUCUGGAAUUGUAGCUAGUACCUGUACUGCCAGUUAUGGAACAUCGUGCAUAUUGCUGUAAAUUAACUGUAAAUUAACUACUUGAGUUCAAACGUUGUAAACGCCGACGUCCACAACGUGCCCAACAGAGGGCGCAUUUCGCCACCGACUCAUUAGUAUGAUUAGGGAUCUGUAACAUGUCAAAUGUAAUUUUUCAAAGUCCACGAACUGGUUAUAUCCUAUGGAUAUUAGCACCUGUAGGCAUUCAGUGAACUAGUAAAGUGUGUCAUUAGAUCUAACACUUCGCAGACGGGCGGAUAUUUCGGUAUCUAGAGAGUGCAAUCUUCAGUCACUUAAAGCACAAGGAACAGGCUGUGCUUUACUAAUAUUUGGGGGCCAAUUUACGACUGCCUUAGUGGAGUAAAAAUAAGUAGUUGGCAUAAAUUUUCAAAUGCUAUCAACUUUCACAAAAAAAACAACCAAAGCAGAUUACAUUUAAACAUAAUUUUAUAGUUGAAGGUGCCGCACUCACCAGGUUGCGCAACGAGCUGCUUUCUUAUGUAUUGGGACUCAUUCUAAAAGCCUGGGAGGUAUACAGUUGGCGACUAGUAGUAUUAACAAAUAAGGAGGUGUCGAGAAACACAAAGGAGAUGGAAAUGGUCGUUUCUGGUUUGUUUGCUGUUGUUGGCCAGCCAUACAUGGCACCAGAUUCAGGACGCCCGGUUAUUUGACGACGGCUAAUCCGUCAGAAAUGCAGCCUGCUAAUUUCUUAGUAAGCAUUUCAAAAAGUGCUAAAACUGAGGUACUCCAGAACAAAACCUUUUGCUGUUGCAUGGGAAUAAUAUCAAAAUGGCAUCAUUUGUGACAAUAAAAUGAAUAAAACACAAGUCCCCAAUUUAUUCUGAGAAAUUGUAAUGAUUUUGUUAAACGCUCAUGGAGAAUAUUUGUGGAGAUCGAUGGGAACGGAAAAAAAUUUAGCCUACGUCCAACCCUACACGAAUUAACGUGAUAUGCUGUGUUUAUCGGCAUUGUAAAUUCCUGAACUCAAAUUUCUCCUUGCCCAAAGUAAAUCAUGACGUUUCCGUAUUUUCUUUUACUGAGAUUGUGUAAGUUUAGCAUACAAUAUAGCAUACAAUAGGCAAGCAUACUAUGGCAUAAUUGCAUGUCAUUUAUCUCGGUCAAAUUAUAGGCCUCCGCAUAUUCGCUGAUUAUAACUUUAAUUCGUUGUAACCACCCGUCUGCUUUUAGCUUUCAGUACGGCAGGAGAGAAAACUGCAAUAUUGUUAAUCCUUUUCUAAAUUAUUUGAAAAUGAGGAUUAAUAACUCCUGUAGGACAGCUGGUGGCGCAUUUUUGAUGUUUUUGAAGUCAACUUCCACACAAUAAACAACUAGCCAACUAAAAAUUGGUGCUGAGUCGUCAUCUUAUGCGUUUUACGGAAUGCAUUUACAAAUAAAAUAACACGAGUCGUAUUGUUCAGUAUUCAGUGGUUCAGUUCUACAAAGAUCUGCAUGCCCCACUGACAACUGUGCGGAAGCCGGAGAAGCCGACUGUCCUUCAGCGUCCGCGUCGGGACAAAUCACGAUGUCUUGAUGGAAUGAGGAGUCUCCGUGUUCUCGGCGGCUCCAAAGACAACGGCCUCCUCCUUCUUCGGACCUUGGCGGAUUUCUACCUCAUCCCUCUGAUUACCAUCUUCUUCCGUCCUGUGACGCAAAAGAAGACAACAAGAAUGCUCCCCCUCCCCGAUCGCGAUGCUGGCAGUCUCUGGACUGCGUUCUCGUCCACAGUCGAAAUCAAUGGGACGUGA